AUGGUAAGCACAAGAUCACGUGUUACAAGUGUGGUAAAGAGGGGCAUAAGGCAAAUGUGUGUCCUUCCAAGAAGUCUGAAGAAGCCAUCGGCUAAUAAUGUCGAUGAGUCAUAUGCUGUGAGUCAUACAGUUAUAAAUGGUGUGUGUCAUAAUGCAAAGAUUAGUACGGCUAAUAGGGCGUGGUUGCUAGAUAGUGGAUGUACUGCACAUUUGUGUGGUGAUCAAGAAUGUUUUAAAUCGAUGAGUGAGUCAUCAAAUAUAAAACUUAUUCUUGCAAGCCAAGCAUCGACUCAAGUGAAGGGAUCUGAGUGUGCGGAAGCAGCUGUCCAGUAUGGGUGCUCCGAACUGUUGAAGUGGCACGCCAGGUUAGGCCAUCUAAACGUGAAGGACUUGAUG